AUGCACGUCUUAACGUUUACAUCACUACUUUUGCUGCAUUUGGGUAUCGCUCAUGUGACCAACAGUGCAAACUCGAUAAAGUCAUCGGAUACGUCGUCCAUCUCCAACAACGUGCCAUGGACACUUGCGGACAAUGCAACAGUCCUGGCCGACCUUCGGUCGCGUCUCACCAAGUGUACAUACUCUAAAGUCAAAGAGUGUAUUCAGGACCCGGCACGUUUAUCAGAACUUGGCUUACUCGUGCGUGCACCUGGCUACUGCCUAGCUUUCGACGCAGCCUACGUCAAUGUUACUACCCCAAGUGCCGCCAUCCCUAACCGGUACUAUCCGACAUCGGUAGAGGCCGCGUAUGCCGCUGGUUUCUCAAACAAAUUCUCCGAGUGGUCAGACGACAACCGUGAGCAAUUUGAAGUGGACUGUCCGCUGUUGUUCAACGAAACCAUUUCUCAGGGUGACGACAUGUUGUGCUGUACUGAAAAGCAGUAUACAGGUCUAUCCUCGCAGGUCCGUAUGAUCCCUGGGCUGUGUUCAGCCUGCAAGGAAAAUCUGCGUAAUAUCUUCUGCCAGUUCACAUGUAGCCCGAACAACAGCAUGUUCCUGGACGUCAAUGAAGUUCGUAUCAUGGGAGGUGACGACGAACAUCCUCAUGCUGUCUUUCCUGCCAUCGAGGAAGUCACGUACUAUGUGGGCAAUGACUGGAUUCGUGACAUUUACGACUUUUGCGAAGACGAUAGUUCAUUCUCGCUCUUGUGUAACCCAAACCAGGACUGUAGCGACGGCUACGGUCUCAUGGACUUCAUGGGUAAGUACGCCUACAACAGCAUUGGAUCUCCGCUUCAACUAAACGUGACAACAAUGGACAAGCUUCCAAAGUCGACGCAGAUGACCAAAUUUUGCCACUGUGACGACGCAAUCGCGACCAAUUGCAUUCUCCCAAUGAAUAACAAAAUGACGUCGUGUGUCGGAGUCUGUGGCUCGCUCUGUGCUGUGGGUUCCAACGAUGACCGCACGUACUCUGAGUCUUGCUAUGGAGCUAUCAGCCUUUCAAGCUCUAAAUUAGGUAGUGAAAGCGGUUUUUCGACUUGGGGUGAGCUGAACGCGUUUUUGGCUGCCAAUAUCCCCGUGACGGACUGGACAACACUCAACUACUUCCUUGUGAUUUUUGGUGGAGUGGUUGCCUUCAUUCUCAUUGUCGGAUUCCUCGUCGCUGACUGGCGCGAACGAAAAUCUCGACACACCGGUACACCCCACGUCGGUCCGUACACGCCUGGGAUCCAUGGCGUGGCUUCCGCAAUGGAGACUAGCUCCACACGGAUAAGCUACCUGGACGAGCUGAUGACAGACAAGUUACGCACAUGGGCUUUGUUCGUCUCAACAGGUAAUCGACCAAAGAAAAUCAUCCCGAUAGUGCUCUGCGUUGUUGCUGUCUGCGUUGCCGGUCUGUACAACAUUGCAAUCGAAACCGACCCGAUCAAGCUGUGGGUGUCCACGUCGAGCACCUCCUAUCAGCAGCGCCAGCACUAUGGUGAGAUGUUUAACCCUUUCUACCGCUCGGAGCAGGUUAUUUUAGUUCCGAAGGAUGGUGGCAACAUCUUUCGCUCUUCGAUUUUGAAGGAGGCUAUCCGUGUUCAGAACGUGGCAGCUGAUGUAACUUAUACUACGGACGAUGACGAGACCACAAUUGCGCUAGAUGACAUUUGCUGGAAAGCCACGGGCACGGGGUGCACUGUCAACUCUAUCACGCAGUACUUUCAGAACAGUAUUGAGCAUUUCGAGUUCUACGAGAAGUAUGGCCUGGAGAUGGAUCAUUUCAGUAACUGCUUGUACUCUCCGACGACAUCGGACGUGGCGCUUUGCACCCAGCUGAAGAACGCAUUGGAAGAGGGCGAUUCGCUUCCUGCGACUAUGAGCGACUGCCCGUGCUUGUCAACUUUCGGCUCACCGAUGAACCUGUACAACACAUACCUAGGUGGUUUCCCUGAUGGCGCCGAAAAGAACUACACACUGUUUUUGGAAUCGGUGGCAUUUGUUUCCUCGUAUCUGAAUUACAAUUACGCGGAUCAAGACAAGAAUGAGCCUGCAAUCAAAUGGGAACGUGAGUACAUUAAGACGAUGAAGGCUGAGGCUGAAGCCAACACAGUGUUCAAUAUCUACUUUUACGCCGAAAUCUCGGUUCAGGAUGAAGUGGAUGCGGAAUCAAGCAACGGAAUGGGUUCUGUGGCGUUGAGUUACUGCCUGAUGAUCAUCUACAUCUCGCUGGGUAUCAACCGCAUCAAGUUUGGCCGUGAGUUCUUUGUAUCUUCGAAGAUUAUGGCUGGCUUCUGUGGUGUGAUGAGUAUUGUAUGCGGUGUGGCGUCGACAAUCGGUAUCUUUAUGUGGUUUGGAGUCAAGCUGCAACUGAUUAUUAUGGAGGUGGUUCCUUUCCUGUCGCUGGCCAUCGGUGUGGAUAACAUUUUCUUACUUAUCCACGCCAUGACCGAGAAGGAAGACCAGAUGCGUCGUGAGCAACCGAGUCUUUUCGUAGGUCUCGAGCACAACCCGAAGGCGAUUGAGGAGAUCACCACGAUUAUCGUGUCUGAGAGUUUGGCAUACAUUGGACCCAGUAUCUUCAUGGCUUCGGCGGCCGAAGCAGCGGCCUUUGCCUUUGGCUCCAUCUCUGCUAUGCCCGUCGUGUUAUGGUUCGCAGCUAUGGCGUGUUGUGCCGUGGCAAUUAACUUUUGCCUCCAGCUGACCUUGUUUUUAUCGGUUCUGACAUUGGACAAGCGCCGCGAGCUGAGCGGAAAGUACGACAUCAUCUUCAGGCGCGCAAAGUCGCAAGCACCUGUGGCUCGUCCACAGAGUCAGCAGAUAGCAGAGCCGCUUGUAUUGCAAUCCAACACGCCUGCGCCGGAAGACUCGCGUCGUUCUGUGACGCCGGAGAAUCGCACACUGACGGAUGUUCUCGACCAUUGUGUUGACGCCUACGCUUCGAUUUUGACCUGUAAACUUGUGAAGCUCAUUGUGCUGCUCGCUUUCCUUGGAUGGAUGCUCUGGUCAAUUUACUCGAUGGAAUCGCUGGAUCAGGGCCUGCCUCAAAAGGAGGCGAUGCCAUCUGACUCAUACAUGAUUGAGUAUUUCAAUGCAUUGGAUGUGUAUCUGGCAACAGGUGCGCCCGUGUACUUCAUUGUCGAAGCGGGCUAUGGUCGUAAUCCGGAUACCUGGUCGCUGAAUGAUGAGAGUGUAGAGACGAUUUUCUGCAAGUCGAAGGAUGUUUGUGACACCUACUCGAUUCCCAACAUCAUGGAUGCACUGGCUAACGAAGGUGACAAGACGGUUACUCACAUUAGCCUGGGCACAACAUACUCGUGGAUGGACGACUUCUGGGGCUUUGUGAACCCCGACAGCGAAUGUUGCCGCGUGGAUUCAAAAGGCGCUUAUCUUCCGAUAAAGACUGGUAACGACACGUACACAACGCUGCGUUCGAAAGAUGACACAUGCCUGGCUACGUCGGUGGACGUCCCUCCCGUACCGGAGGAUCAGUACAUGUCGCUCUUCAGCAUGUUUGCAACAGCAAGUGCUGGUGCAUCGUGCUCUUACGGUGGUGGUUCCAUUUACCGUGGCCAGUUCAGCAUUGACGACGAGCCAAUUCCGACUGUGAACUCUUCGACACCAGCAGUGAGGCUCAGCAGCAGUGGCUAUGGUGACGAGAUCACGGCCUGGUCGUACAUGGUGACGGGUACGUCGAACCCGACGCAGCAGCAUUACAUCAACUCGUACAAGCAAAACCUUGCGGCGGCUGAUUGGAUUAGUGACAAGACUGGCGUUGAUGUUUGGGUGUACUCGCUGACGUACGUGUACUUUGAGCAGUACCUCACUGUGAUUGAUGAUGCGUACAAACUUAUUGGUCUGGCUUUGGCAGCGAUCUUUGCGAUCACGACGCUGUAUUUAGGUAGCGUGUUCUACUCGUUCGUGCUCUCACUGAUGGCAACAAACCUUGUGGUACUCGUGCUGGGUCUGAUGCAGCCGCUGGACAUUAUGCUCAAUGGUCUGUCGAUUGUGAACCUGAUUAUUGCGGCUGGUAUUGCUGUGGAGUUUUGUGGUCAUUACGUUCGGUUCUUCGCCAAGACGCGUGGCACAGGCGAUGAGCGUGCCCGUGACGCACUUCGCCAAGUCUUCACGUCAGUAAUUUUUGGUAUCACUAUCACGAAGAUCAUUGGUUUAAGUGUGUUGACUCUUGCGGACUCGCGCGUGUUCAAGAAGUACUACUUCCGAAUGUACAUGCUAGUGGUACUUUGUGGUGUGUUGAAUGGCAUGCUUCUGCUGCCGGUGCUGCUAAGCACGAUCAUUGACGUGAAAGACUUUUUCCAGCGCCGGGGCUCGCAGAAGACUGAUUUAAGACCAUCACCUGUUACUCGCGUUGGAUAA